CAUGGAUGUUUACUAGUCCUGUGUUGGAAUCGAACAAACUUACAGCGCAAGCUCUUGGCGGAUUCCAAGAGGUUUUUCUAUCAGGUCGAAAUGGCUUCAGCAUUAACAGAGAUGGCGGAGGCUUUGGACGAACAGUCAGUGACGGAGAGGUUACUUUCAGGCCAUGAAGAUGCUCUGUGGUUCCGUAAAUCAAUCCUCAUGAUGACGGCCUCCGGCGGAGACAAAAAGGGAGGGGCCAGCGGGGAUCACCAUGACAACAGCAAAUCCCCAGGGGGGAUAGUUGAGGUCGAGGGCAACGGGCAGGCUUUGCAUCCCGUGGUGGCCGGACAAGGUGGUAGCCAAAAGACCAAUCAGAAUGGCACAUUCCAUGGUAACGUCGUCCAGGAUGUUAGUACAGAAAAUAUACACAUACUGCCCGACUCAUUGCCUAUUAACACUGAUAACAAUGCCCGGAACAAAGUGUCACCAGUGAGUUCAAGACCGGCUACAGCGAACUCUAUGGCGCGCAAGUCGGCAUGGGAGCGUGCUCAAGAACACUACGAGGCGCAAGCCAAGGAGUCCCGUCGGAAGGGGACCAAAGUGAAACCGUUCAAAUUGGACGAGGAAGAACUUGUGAGUCAGAACUUCACGUGUGACAAGAGGACUAUUGCGAAAAUAUUCCGUUCUAAGAAGUUUAAAACACCCAAGCUAGAGCGACUGUAUCAGAGAUAUUUUUUCAAACUGAACCAGACGAAUUUGACUGUGUUGAUGGCGCUUGUGUGCAUCGUCAGUGUCCUUCUCAUUAUCUUCUACUACAUUGGCGGCGCCACUGUCCCGGCAAGGGGGGUAACUCUGGGUGUUUUUGUGAUACUGUUUAUUGCCAUGGAGAUUCUGUGCAAUAGGGGAGCAUUUAAUCAAAUACAGCUGGUUGUGAUGUGCUAUGUGAUUGUGAGUCUUCUGUUAGUCAUGGUCAUUUUGAUUGCGGUGGACAGUGACCCGCGCAGUGCCUCUAAUGGCGUCUGGUGCACUGUCUUCUUCAUUUAUAUGGUGUACUCUCUGCUGCCGGUGCGCAUGCGUCUGGCGGUGGGCUCGGGACUAUUUCUCUCUGUGAUACAUAUCACCUGUGUUGUUGCUGUCAAUCACCACGACUCCUUUCUCUGGAAGCAGAUUUUAGCAAAUAUAUUUAUUUUUAUGUGUGUGAAUGUGGCUGGGAUGUUCACACAUUAUCCGACAGAGGUGGCUCAGCGUCAGGCCUUUCUAGAAACACGGAGGUGCAUCGAGGUGCGACUCAACACCCAGCGAGAGAAUCAGGAACAGGAGCGCCUUUUACUCUCGGUCCUGCCGCGGCACGUUGCCAUGGAGAUGAAGGCAGACAUCGCUGGCAAACCCAAGGACACAAUGUUUCACAAGAUUUACAUCCAGCGGCAUGAGAACGUCAGCAUUCUCUUUGCGGACAUUUGUGGAUUUACCUCCCUUUCAUCCCAAUGCACGGCCCAGGAGCUGGUUCAGUUGCUCAACGAGUUGUUUGAUCGGUUUGACCAGCUUGCCCAGCGUAACCACUGCUUGCGAAUCAAGAUUCUUGGCGACUGUUAUUACUGUGUCAGCGGACUGCCUGAGGCCAGGCCAGACCAUGCCCACUGCUGUGUCGAAAUGGGACUGGAAAUGAUUGAAGCCAUUAAACUUGUGCGGGACUUGACAGGAGUCGAUGUGAACAUGAGGGUGGGUAUCCAUAGUGGGAGGGUACAUUGUGGGGUGCUCGGCCUGCGGAAGUGGCAGUUUGAUGUGUGGUCCAACGAUGUCACCCUAGCCAACAUGAUGGAAGCUGCUGGAUUACCAGGGCGAGUUCAUAUCACAGAGGAGACCCUGAAAUGUCUGAAUGGAGAUUAUGAGGUGGAGCCUGGAUACGGUGGGGACAGACAUACCUACCUGAAGGACAACAAUAUACAGACUUACCUCAUCGUUAAUGACCAACCCAAACCUAAGGAGUUGGUGACCUCACCAGAGAAAUCCCCGGGUAUGGGACGCAUGUCCGUGCUCUCCAGCCCCUACGCUAAUGGCAGCACGGGGAAAGAGAUGAAGAGGAUGGGAUUCAGGGAUGAGUCCGCACACUCCAAUAUACACCAUAAACUGGGCUAUGGUACUCAAGAGAACAAAGACCCAGAAGAUGAAGUGAAUGAGUAUUUAGAACGAGCAAUCGACGCCAGGAGCAUUGAUCGCCUGCGCUCAGAACACGUUAAACGCUUCAUUCUCACACUCCGCAAACCAGAUUUGGAAGAAAAGUAUUGUAAGGUUCGGGACACGAUGUUCAAAAGUUACAUGGCCUGUACAUUCUUCAUGUUACUCCUCAUCAUCAUCACACAGGCUGUUAUCAUGCCAUAUUCACCAUUAAUGGCAGCUGUCAACCCUACUUGUGUCAUCAUUGUUUUUGUGCUAUUUCUACUUAUCCUGACUGAAACUUGUGCUUGUACCCCCAAAGGCCUGCGUGCUGUCGCAACGAAGGUGGCUGUCAAUCGUUGGCUCAGUCAGAUCAUUGCUGUGGUGGCUGUUUUAUGUGUCUAUGUUGCCGGCUUCUGUGCUAUGUUUUCCCUGGAUACCACUAAGCUGACGUCGUGUCUGUCCUCCAUCUACGGGAUUCCGGAGGAGGAGGUCAAUCUGACCACACUGCAACUGUCCAACAUCUCCAUGGGCGUGGAGAAAUCAGUCUGUAACCCCACUUACACUACCCACUUCCCAGAGUAUUUCACGUUCUGCGUGCUGCUCUCCAUGAUCUCCAGCUCCGUGUUCCUCCAGGCCAGCAGUAUUCUCAAGCUUGUACUUCUCUGCUUCAUGGCCAUACUCUAUGUGAUAUUUGUGGAGAUCUCACAUGUCAACCUGUUUGAUAACCGAGAUCUGCUUGUCAUGGCCAACGUGGGGAAGGAAGUCCAUGACCCAAACUCUACAAUUGGCCUGAAAUGGGAGACCAUCAUCAUCCUGUUCGUAUUCACAAUUGUCUUGUUUAUCCACGCUCAGCAGGUCGAAUCCACAGCCAGGCUGGACUUCCUAUGGAAAAUUCAAGCGACAGAGGAGAUGGAAGAGAUGGAGAGCCUCCGGGCGUACAAUCUCAAACUGGUGGCCAAUAUUUUGCCCCUCAGUGUGGCCACCUACUUCCUCAAGAACCAAGUCAAUAAACAAAACAAUCUUUACCACAAGGACUGUGAGAACACGGGGAUCAUGUUUGCCUCCAUCACUAACUUCUCCGAGUUUUACAUGGAACUGGAGGGUAAUAACGAGGGUGUAGAAUGUCUCCGGCUUCUUAAUGAGAUUAUUGCAGAUUUUGACGAGAUCUUGGAACAGGAGAAAUACAAGUGCAUUGAGAAGAUCAAGACAAUUGGUUACACCUACAUGGCUGCCUCGGGACUGUCUCCCGAGACAAACUUCCCUGAUCAGAGUCACGUGGUCACGCUGGCCGAGUAUGCCUUUGCCAUCAGAGCACAGCUGCAAUACGUUAAUGAGCAUUCCUUCAAUAACUUUAAAAUGAGAGUAGGUAUGAAUGUUGGCCCUGUGGUGGCAGGAGUCAUUGGUGCUAAGAAGCCUCACUAUGACAUCUGGGGGAACUCUGUUAACGUGGCUAGUCGCAUGGACAGUACUGGGGUUUCUGAUCACAUACAGGUCACACCUGAGGUGUACAACCUCCUUUCUCCGCUGGGGUACAUCCUGGAAUGCCGGGGCAUAAUACGAGUAAAGGGGAAGGGCGAGAUGCUGACCUACUUCCUGAAGGCACGUCCAGGACAGAAAGACAUUGGACCUACCAUAUUGUAGCCCAUACUUUCACCUCUGACCUUUCACCUUUCACUGACCCCUUUUAUAUCAUCAGUCUAACAUUAAUCAUGAACAUUUGUUAUGGGUUGGUGCCUAUACUCAUAUCAUCAUUUACAUUCACAUGGGUAUAUAUAUAUAUAUGUGAUAUCUAUCUAUAUACAUAUAUAGUUGUUUGAAGAGAAGAAAAAGUUUGAAACGGCAGUAGAAUUACAAGAUUGUGAAAGAAAGAAAGUUUGGUUUUCCUUAUACAGUGUAUUGGUAUGACUCCACAUCAAAAUCACCAAGUAUUUACCUACAUGUACAUAUAAAAUGCAUAUAUAUAUAUAUAUAUGUUAUCAGCCAUUUUAAUAUUUAUACAUGGUAAAUGUUUUGUUUGUUUUUUUGUUGUUUUUGUUUUUCAUCAAAGGACAUUCUAAUAUCCAUUUAUCUCGUACCAUCUUUUGUGCAGGCAUAGAGUUUUGAUGUCAUAGUUUUAUGGAAGACUUAUCAAUACAUAUCAACACAUUCAUCUGUGACUGAUGGAUACAGUGUACAUGUACAUAUACAUAUAUGUACAGUAUUAGAGUGCUUUUGUACUGCAAACAUGAAUUUUUCAUUGGUUGUCAUGUAUAACUACUAUGGCAAUAUAUACUCUUGGCCCCAUAAGAUUUCCAUAAUAAAACGACAUUAAUUUUAUUUUGUGUUUUACAAGAGAGCUGACUCUCCGAAGGCCUAUAAAUGGAAUGAACAUAAAACUCAAAAUCCACAUAUUUAUUUUGUCCAAUUUUUAUAUUUUUAUGAUUUUUUCCUGUUGUUCAGGGCUUUCCAAUCAUGUACAUAUGUAUCUUCAAAAGGAGAAAACAUUGAUGAGUGUCCACAUUUCCCACAAAUUAGGCUUGUUUUUUAUUCGUAUUUUUAUUGACUCCUUUGGUAUUGGAAAAAGAUUUAUUCUUCCCAUAAAACAACAAUGUAAAUUGAUGUGGCAAGAAUUCCCUCAGUAUUUCCAUCACUUCAAGCUGUACAUCAGUUUGCAUGUGUAUGGUCACGUCUCUAUAAUUCCUACACCUCUUUAUCAGCUAGCGCAGCGUAAUGACCCAGUAGCCUCUCACCAAUGCGGUCGCUCUGAGUUCAAGUCCAGCUCAUGUUGGCUUCCUCUCCGGCCGUAAGUGGGAAGGUCUUCCAGCAACCUGCGGAUGGUUGUGGGUUUCCCCCGGGCCGUGCCCGGUUUCCACACACCAUAAUGCAAUAUAAGUGAAAUAUUCUUGAGUACGGCGUAAAACAAUCAAAUAAAUAAAUAAAAUUUUUAUCAGCUUGUCUCUAUGUACUCAUAUCAAGUUUCACAUGUACAAGUUAGCACAAUGGGCUCAGUAGAAGGCAGUUAUUACCAGCCACAAGCAUCCUGCUACAGUAAGACCCGCUUUAUUGCAUAGGCAAAAUGCAAGAAAAUAUUCUUCAGAAAAUUUUGAUCCCAUAACCACCUACAUUUCACCAAUGUUCUUAUUUUACUUCAUUUAAUUUUUUUGUCUGGUAGCUCAGUGGCCCACUGAUCCAGUGUAGCCUAUAGUAAAUGAAAACUUAAUUGAAUCAUGUACCUUAAUUCCUCAACAUUUUCGCAUAUGAAAGAGCAACUUUCAGUUCAAUUUGUGCACUUUUUAAAUUUGAUUUUCGAGACGAAACUACAUUGGUUGGGUCGGCCAUUUUCGGCGCUUCACAAAAAGUAUAAUUUUAACAGCGUACAUACAAUAAUGUCCUCGGAAUAUGCUUGAAUAAACACCUUGCAAAAGUGAAAUGGUUAUUACAGUACAUCAGUACCACUCUUCAAUGUGUGUAUCAUUCAUAAACUAUGUGUAAGCUUUCCAAAUGUAUAAAAUAAUUAAAUUUCACAUGUAUGCACUGUUGACUUGCAAAUGCAAAACACACUCGUCACAUUCGAUGCGAAUUGUGGCGUGAUAUUGCACAGGCAUUCAUAAUCCUUGCAAUUGUGGUACUGCCUGCACAGUGUAACUGCGCGCUCACCUGUAUCUCUGCAGAGGUUAAAAUGUAUCCGUCUACAACACUGGUAUAUCUGCAAGAGUGCACAAGUGUUCGUUAUUUAGAUAUGCAUGUAUUUAUUUAAAUAUGUCAUUUAUAAAUUUUAUGCACCUUGGUAUUUAUGAAAAUCCAUGCAACUAUUGUACUUUGUCACUUUUUAGGUACAUUUUCUGCACGAAAUUGAAUCUGUGAACACCUAUUUUCAUACCCUAAUGUACUUCUACGUGAAAUGGAAAAAUGCAUACAACUCUCUAUAGACACCUAUUUAAUCCAGAACUUAAAGGUCUAUUUUGCUAAUAUGCAUUUGCGUAAGCAUAUUUGUAGGGAGAUGAAAAUCUGAUGAAAGGAAAGUAUUAAGAAAAACAGAUCAUCUUGUUUGCAGGUGUAAGAAAAUGUGUGCAACUGUUCAGCACACUUCUAACUUUACUACUGCUCAUCCCAGUACUGUAUGUGCAACUUCACAACAUACUUGUAGAGUUGCAACUGUCCAAUCAAACUAUGUGCAACUAUUCAGCACAAAUCUAAUUUAGUACACCGUUUUAAUGUGUAUUUCGACUUGUACAUGUGUUUUUCUGCCUGUAUGACUGUUGGCAGUAUAUGAGUUAGUAACUGAACAAUGGGUACGCUCAUUAAAGAGGGCAUAACGCAGACAAAACUACCCAUCUGCGACGGCUAUCAUAUCAAAACAUAAACUAAGGACAUGUGCCAGCUUAAAAAUAGGAAGGUGAUUUGGCCACCCUGGAUGGUACGACGGUGUGAAAUUUUGGGCCUUGGCCCAUGCACUAUUAGUCUUUAUCUGCUGAACUAUUUCUGGGGAGCAAAAACUUCCUGUUCAUGAAUCUUCGGUUUCAGCAGUUUAUCUUUUGACAUUUUAUGGAAACCUUUAUCAUAUUGCUUUAUACUUAAGAACGACCUCUAUUGCAUACCUGCAGUAAAAUUUUACUUUGCGAAAUAUGUACAUUGAUCCAGUCUCUCGAGCUUUUGUCAUGAAUACAGCUUGAUCCAAACAUCACAAAAUCCCAGUUCAGCCAUAACCUAAAUCUUUAGGAUGAUAUGAUCAUAAUAAAUUGUUCAAUAUAUACAUACACGUGCAUACAAUUGCGCAUUUUGAGCUUAUCCUAAAACUUGAUUUUCUUUUUUUCUCUCGCCACGGUAUGGCUGAAAUAUUGCCGAUCUGGCGUUAAGCCAUAAUCAUUCAUUGUUCUUUUCUCACCUUUGACCAGCACACUUGUUAUAAUUAUACAAAUAUUCCACACUGUAAUAUCAGUGAAUACGGAAAGCUUCCCGAUUUUUUUUUCUGCAAAUAAUUUUUACAAUAGUUACAAUGUUUCAAUUCUGUCAAAAAUGAAUUGAGGUGAUCAGUUCAACUUUUAAUUUAUAAAUCUGCGCUUACCUUAUGUCCUAAACUUGCCUUUAUUAUCUUUAUGCCUGACAUCAUUCCAUGCUAUGUUUUUAUAGUUUACAUCUGAAUAUAAAUGUAUAGCCAAAAUGAAGUUUCUUAUGAUAUUGUAUAUUUAUAAAUUGCGUUAUGAAAGCAAAAAAUUUGUCGUUUCUUUUUAAUGGACAAUUUGCUGUAAAUGAUUUUAAAUUUAAAAAAAAUAUAUAUAUUCAAUUUAGAAAGUGUUUGAUACAAUUAUCAUGUAUAUUAUUUUGUAUAAACAGAUGGCAAUUAUACUUAAUGAAACUAUGUGUGUGCAUGUGCAGUGUUAGCAAGCAAUGUGAGCAGUGUUCAGAAAUUGUCAAAACUAUUUGUAUGUGGAAAGGAUCAACCAAUGCAAAAAGAGAGAGAAUCUUUUGAGGGUAGGAAUGAUGGCUGCCUUCAGCUGGAAAAUGUAGCUUCUAGGUACAUGCCUUUUGUGAGCUUGAAAGUUGCCACAGUUCAGUUUGUAUAUUUACACACAGACAAUAUAAACAUAUGUGUACUUAUAACAUGAUAUACCAGAGAAAUAAUAUUGAUAUAUGUAUUUACAAAGUUUUCCAUUGUCAAAUUGGACUGGUUAUUGAUUGUAACUGGGUAUAAACUAUAACAUGUAAAUGUGUGUACAUGUAAGUAUUUCAUGUGUAUGGAACUGGUCGACAAUUUGCAAUUUUGUACACAAAUGUAAUGUGAAUUCAUAUUGGUUUUAAAUGUAGUUCACAACAGUUCACACUGGGUUGUAAUCUUUGUGAAUUUCAACAUUGUUUUAUGUAUUUAAAAUUGCAAAAUUAUAUACAAUUAUGUUGCUCAGAUGAAAAGAGGAAAAAGUUACAAAAUUGAUAUUGUGUAAAGAAAAGAUUCCAUGUGAUUGAAAAUAUUGAAACAUGUUUACAUUGAUAUAUGUAUGUGUGUAUAAAUGUGGUUGUCAAAACAGGGUUGAUCACCUGUUGCUACCUGUUACAUGCUACCUAUUCAUUCAGUAAAUCAGAACUGACUGAUAGGAAUAUUUAAAUGUUUUCCAUAGUACAUAAGUGCUUUUUAUCUCCAGAGAGUAGUUUUAUACACUGUUUAUUGUUUACCAAUGUAUAUUUUAAUGGGAAUUUGACAUUGUAAUGUUAAAUGUUGUCAAGCAUGUGUUGUUUUUGUUGUUUGGUUACAUGGGUAAAUUGUUUUCCCCACACAUUGCUAUAAUCAAGUUAAGCAGAAACUGUCAUACUACUUAAGAUUUGUGCUGCAGUGCAGUAGACCAGACUGGUUAUUUUUCUUACUGUAUAGAAGUUAAUAUACCAUACUAUUGCGCCAACGAGAUACUAGCAUCACAAAAUCUACAUGUAACUCAGCCCUCGAAUCAUGUUUUGUAUGUUACAUUGCUUGAUGUGAUCUGGAGAGCUCCUUGCCAUUUUCAUUAUUUACGUGGAGAAAAACAAGUGAAAAUUUUCAAUUGCAGCAAUAUUGCACCCAAAAAAAAAAUACAAAAACAAACACACGCCAGAGUUAAGUCUUGACCUCAGAGCCCUUGUUAUGUAAAGGAAUGAGAGCGUGGGACAUCAAAAUUUGGACCACUAACACAGCAACAGACAGAGCAACUUAAUGUAAAACAUGUUUGUUACAGCUACAUGUAAGAAACGUCACGAGGUCCUUCAGAGUUUCAUGUAAAAGAAAGCAGCCAUGUUGUUCAAAAUUAAUGCCAGAAACUGACAUUAUAGAGUUUAGCAACACACCAUUAAAUGAUAUGUGUAUACAUACUGGUAGAUAAAAUUUGAUCCAAGAACAGUUGUAAAGGUAUUGAUCGCCUGGAAUUUUUUGAAUAUAUACCACAAUCAUUUGCAUGUUUCUUGCCGUCAAUAAUUAAAAGCUUCUAGUUGCAACACAUGCAAGCUUCUAUCGUGGCAGAUUGGCUUAAAAGAGAUUAUCUUUCUUAGGACGUAAAAACGACUUUAAAGGUGGAGAAAACAUAAAUAUGACAUAUAGUUCAGUUGAAAGAGUGCAAUGUUAUUCCUAAAUGUGGUCGUCAAUAUUUUUUCCGAUUUUGCCUUAAGGGGAAAAAGACACUUGAAAAUAAUUUUUGUAUGGUGUCUAUUGGGGGGACAACUUUUUGGUAUUUAUAGUCUUUGUUUAAUAAUGUCAUAAAUGAGGAUGUAACACAGAUUUAAUAAAUAUUUUUGCACUAGAAUUUGUUCCUUUCAGCUAACAAAUGUAUUAUACCUCAAUUUGGAUCAUAUUUAUAUUUUUAAUAUGUUCAUAAAACUUAUCAUAAUUUAGGUUAAAUGCAUAUGUUUCGAUAUAAACAACAAAUUUACAUUCAAAUAAAUUUAUUAGACAAGCAUCACAUCCUUAUUUAGAUCAUUAUUAUGUAACGGCGAUAAAUACCAAAAGUUGGUCCCAAAUGCCCACCAUACAAAAAUAUUUUCAAAUACCUUUUCUCUUGGAAAAAUAAAAAAAAAAUAUUACAGAUCAUAUUUGUCAUUAAGUUUUGACGCUCUUUCAUUUGAUUUUGACAUCAUUUUUAUGUUUUCUUCUCCUUUGAGGCACAGUUCUCCAUCAGGAGACCCAGCAGUCAUUCCAGAAGUCAAGUAAGCCUGCUGUGGUGAUAUCAAUGAUCAUGCCUCGAUAUUUUUGUUUUCUUAUUUUUUCUGGCAUUUCUGUCUUCAUU